UUUUAGCAUAGACAUAUACAGAAGAUCAUCUGUUCACUGUCUCUUCUUUCUCCUCCUUUUCGUGUGAGAGAGAGUUCGUUGUUCCUCUCUUUUCUGUAGUUACCGUUCUCCCUUCACUUUUUUCAAACCAUUUAUAAUACUUCGCUUCUUCUUCUUCUUCUUCCCAUUGUCUUUGCCUUUCGUUUUGGAAUUCUGAAUUUCCAAGCUGCCAAGACAAUGAUUAUGUGUUGACACUCAUUCUUUCAUCACUUCUCCAGCAACUACUUCUAUUGCAGGGCUGUAGUCUGUGAAUGGGGCAAGAAUUGGAGUUAGAUCUGAACGACAAGUCUUCCGUGGGUCUUAGUCCCGACACAGUUCUUCCAUCUCAGCAAUAUUGUUUGAAUGUGAAGAAAAUAUAUAAAAAUGGGAAACCCACUGGGAAAGAUGAUUUUUUGAAACUUAAAGAGAACUUUGCUGAUAUCAAUUUUGGUAGGUCCCGUAAUUCUUCUUCACAUAAGAGCCUUACCUUUAGAUCUCAUGGACUUGAAGGUAAUUUAGAAAUUAGAAAAGGUUCCAAGUAUGAGACUUCAGAGCAAGCUAUAAGUAUAAAGAAAAUGAGCACCAUGAGGGGAAGGAAAAAAAUAGAAAUUUCAUCUAGGAGUAGUGAUGCCUCUUUUUCGGGUAGUGUUGUUGAUUCUCUGUGCGGUUCAGAUGAUGAAAGUAGGGACGAGAGACCUUCAGUAAUAUCCCAGGACUCUAAUUUAGGUUCACCAUUUUCAUCUGUUUCUGGUUCCUGUGCUGGAAUGGAGAACAACACUUCAAAUGGCUAUAUUGAAUUUUGCUUAAAUUCGGAUGUUUGGGAUGAAAAAUAUGGUGCUGUAGAAGGGAUUGGUUCUAUAAAUACAGAAAGCAUAGGUGAAAAGGUUGUUUGUUCAUUGAUCGAUGGUAAUUAUCAUCUCAAAAAAGAUUCAGUUCAUGGAUUUCAAAAGUCAGUCUCUUCUGUAGUUGAAAUCUCUCACAUGCAAUCUCCUUUCGAGAGUGACUGCUCUCCAAGAGCAAGUCCAAAAGUCUCACUCGCCUCUAUGAGGAAAAGGUUAACUCCAUUCACAAAGUCGAAAACUUUGACUAGCCCAGUGAGUUGUGUGCUGGAAACUGAGGUCAAAUUAACUCGUACUAGAAAUGGUACAAGAAACAGGACUUAUCAGAGAUCUUUGUUAAAUGACUUCUCUGGCACAGCAAAGCAUUCUGACAUUAUUUCUGAAUUUAUCAAUAGAGAUAUCCAGUUUUCAGGUCUAUCAUGCUCACCUGUUCAUCUUCAUGGCAAACUCAAGUUGAAAAACAAACAUGGACUGCCAGUUUUUGAGUUCAGGGUAAAGUGCCCUGAAGAUGUCUUUGUGGCAAAGACCUGGAAAUCAGACAAUGCUUUCAACUGGGUGUAUACCUUUCACUCAAUGGAUAAUAGAAAGAAGAGUACGGCCUCUGACUUUGGAUCCCAUUAUUCUGACAAAGAUUCAUCAAUGGUAGCACAGAUGCUAGCUUCCUCUGAUUCAUGUUCGAAAUUAGAAGUUGGAAUGUUUGACAACUCUAUGGUGACAGAAUUUGUGUUGUUUGAUCUUGCACGCUCAAGAAAAAGUGUUUUGCCGGAAAAAAAGCCUUACAGCGAGAAUAAUUGUUCUAGCACUCUAAAAGAUUCCCGUGUAGGAAUGAAGAGAGAAACUUUGAGACCAGACGAAGAGACUUUGGCAACUAAAAGCAAGCCUAUAUCAAGCAAUGCGUGUUUUGACAAUUCAAAUUCUUAUCCUUUGUCAUCCACAGAAUUAUAUUCAAACCCUGAGAUGGCUGCCAUUCUUUUGCAAAUUCCUUUUCGCAAGAGUGAAAGCUUGAAAUGCGAAAGGAAGGAUAGAGUGAAGGCUGAAAUGCGAAAAAGCCUUCAUAACGGAAAAGUCCUAGAACAGGUGAAGGUGGUACUACCAACUGGCAACCAUGGCUUGCCAAGUUCUGAUAGCCAGGGUCCCUCAUCAUUACUUGAUCGAUGGAAACAUGGUGGAGGUUGUGAUUGCGGUGGCUGGGACAUGGCGUGUCCCCUUAUUCUCUUAGGCAACCCUGCUGUUCAAUUUGCUGACGACAACCCUCUUAUGGAGGAAUAUCAAACUCUGGAACUUUUCACUCAGGGAGUCAAAGAACGAACUCCUACAUUUGGCAUGACCAUGGUUGAAGAGGGGCAAUAUGCAGUUGAUUUCCAUGCACAGUUAUCUCCAUUACAAGCUUUCUCCAUUUGUGUUGCCAUUUUGCAUGGCACCUCCACCUUCGGCGGUUCGGGGCAGGAGAAAAGGCAACAGAUUUCUCGAUGCAAUUCAUUGAAAAUGCUUCUUGAGGAGGAGGUGGAGUUACUGAUGAACUCAGUGACCAAAGGUGAGAAAAAGAACGUGUCCAAGAUUCAUAAAGGAAUUCCUCGAUCCUAUGUGCCAAACCCACCUUUUUCUCCUAUUGCUCGCGUGUAAAAGUGUAGAGUACACUCGAUCCAAGUUAGACAUUUCUGCAAGCUUUGAGCCCAUUGUUCAGGCCUUUGCUAGGAACAGGAUUUACAUGAAUAUGAGUAGGAGGUGGAACAUUCUCUGCUUCUGCUUGAACUGAGUCUGGAUUUACAUGAAUACACAAUGUCACCCACAAUGCGCUGCUAUCAUGAAGAAAAUGUGAAUCAUAGUCUGUAACACCAAAUAGAACAUAAUAUUGUCCAUAUUGUAAGGGAUAAAAGAGGGUAUAGAAAUUGGUUGUAGUCUGGAUUCCAAACCUUUCUGUAUGUAAACAUUCAGAAAUCAAAUCACACUGGAAAUCAAUCUAUUAAUUUGUUUAAUAAAACUUGUCAGUGCCUGGGAUAAAAACCCAGAUGAACCUCCAUUUAACAGGAAGACAGAGUAGAUCAGAAACCACAAC